GGGAAAAAAGGAAUGAUCAGUUCUGAGACGGCUGGUGAGGGAGAGAUCUGGGGACCUGGCUGGUCCUUAAGUGGCCGGGAUGAUUUGGGGGAAUCUAGGUGACCAUGGGUGAGAGCUGAGCUUGGAGGAAGACGCACAGCUGUGGGGUGGGGUGGUGGAGAGUUGUUCUGAGGCAUCCAUGGGAAGAGGGGUUCUGGACUUGGGAUCUGGAGCACGUGGGAGUCUAAUGGGAGACCAGGAAGAGUCUGGAAGGCCAAGGAGGCCGGGGUGGGUAGCGUCUUCAGUCACCUGGGAGGGGCUGAGGAAGGUGUGUGAGGAGACUGGAGGUGAGGGACUCUGACAGAUGGACUGUGACACGGGAGAGGCCUGAGAGGAGAAGACCGGCGAGAUUGACGCGCCUGAGCAGGUUGGGAGAAAGGCCUUCUCUGCGAGGCUUCUCUGCCAGGUCACUGUGUCAAGUGGAUUAUGGAGGGAAAAGGCCCCCAAACAGAAGUCCAGCCAGCCGGCCCCGAGGCCGCCCCGCCAGGGACCCACCAAUGAGGCACAGAUGGCGGCCGCUGCCGCCCUGGCCCGGCUGGAGCAGAAGCAGUCCCGGGCCUGGGGCCCCACGUCGCAGGACAGCAUCCGAAACCAGGUGAGAAAGGAACUUCAAGCCGAAGCCACCGUCAGCGGGAGCCCCGAGGCCCCAGGGACCAACGUGGUGUCUGAGCCCAGAGAGGAAGGCUCUGCCCACCUGGCCGUGCCUGGUGUGUACUUCACCUGUCCGCUCACUGGGGCCACCCUGAGGAAGGACCAGCGGGACGCCCGCAUCAAGGAAGCCAUUCUUUCGCACUUCUCCACCGACCCAGUGGCUGCCUCCAUCAUGAAGAUCCACACAUUCAACAAAGACCGGGACCGGGUGAAGCUGGGCGUGGACACCAUUGCCAAGUACCUGGACAACAUCCACCUGCACCCCGAGGAGGAGAAGUACCGGAAGAUCAAGCUGCAGAACAAGGUGUUCCAGGAGCGCAUUAACUGCCUGGAAGGGACCCACGAGUUUUUUGAGGCCAUUGGGUUCCAGAAGGUGUUGCUUCCCAUCCAGGAUCAGGAGGACCCCGAGGAGUUCUACGUGCUGAGCGAGACCACCUUGGCCCAGCCCCAGAGCCUGGAGAGGCACAAGGAACAGCUGCUGGCUGCGGAGCCCGUGCGCGCCAAGCUGGACCGGCAGCGCCGCGUCUUCCAGCCCUCGCCCCUGGCCUCGCAGUUCGAACUGCCCGGGGACUUCUUCAACCUCACGGCAGAGGAGAUCAAGCGGGAGCAGAGGCUCAGGUCCGAGGCAGUGGAGCGGCUGAGCGUGCUGCGCACCAAGGCCAUGCGGGAGAAGGAGGAGCAGCGGGGGCUGCGCAAGUACACCUACACGCUGCUGCGCGUGCGCCUCCCGGACGGCUGCCUCCUGCAGGGGACCUUCUACGCCCGGGAACGGCUGGGGGCAGUGUACGGGUUCGUUCGGGAGGCCCUGCAGAGCGACUGGCUGCCUUUUGAGCUGCUGGCCUCGGGAGGGCAGAAGCUGUCGGAGGACGAGAACCUGGCCUUGAAUGAGUGCGGGCUGGUGCCCUCUGCCCUCCUGACCUUCUCGUGGGACAUGGCUGUGCUGGAGGACAUCAAGGCUGCGGGGGUCGAGCCGGACGCCAUCCUGAAACCUGAGCUCCUGUCGGCCAUUGAGAAGCUCUCUUGAAAUAAAAGCAGGGUUGGCCUCAGCCCUGUGGGUCUGUCUCAUGCUCUCCCUGUUCCUCUCCCCGCCACCCCAGGGCCUCCAAGCCACCUCUGGAAAUACUUGGUUCUGCCCCAUGGGCACGGGAGGGGCGCCAGCUAGCUGUGGAGCUGUGGAACUGGGCCCCGUGGCAGAGCCCCCAUCUCCUGGGGGCUGUGGAGAUGCGCCCAAGCCCCCGAGAGGCCUGGGGACGCCAUCAAAUCUAAGCCCUCCCUAGCUGCUGGUAACUGUGUCAUGAAGCUGCCAGGCAGACACACGUGGCAUCUCCCUGGGCAGGAGAGCAGGCCUGCAGCACGAGUCCUGUUCCCGUGUGCUGUGGGUGGCAGCGGCUGCACCUGGCGCUAGGGCUGCUCUGUGGAUGUGGGUGACGAUGGCAGGAGGGGACGCUGGCCUUCCCGCACACAGACCUGCAGUUAGUAAAUCAUAAGCCCAAAUAAACAGGGUGUUUGAAUGUA